AUGCUCGACAAGUUCGACCUCGUCGUGCACCGACGAAUAAAGCGGAUCCUGUGCCGCACUCAUGGGCGUUGCUUGGAGCCCAAGGAGAUUUGGGCGCACUUGUCAGCACAGCACAAGGCUAUGAAAGGCUACCUGCCCAAGAAACCCAGUUUCGUUCAGUCUGUGAACGACGUCGUCAAAACCUACGCCAUAGACACGAAGACAAAAUUUCCGCGUCCGCCCAAGCCAUCCGACGUGCCUCUCCAGUUUGAGGGGCUCAAGAUACGAAACAGGGAGGCCGCAUGUUGGCUCAGGAGGAAGCUGUACUGGGGCGAAUCUACGCACUACCUCCCAACAACGGUUCUCGUCGCAGCCGGGAGGACGAACUUGGUUCGAAGUUACUCCUCGCCAAAAGCCUUACGUCAAGAUGCGGUUCAUCGCUCCCGUCUCAAUGGCGAGAGGAUUGAACCGAGGUCAUUCACAACUUGGCUGCGCACGAGCGGAUGGGGCGGUGCCCUCGAUGGUCACGACACGCUCGUAUGCUCGAAAGUACCCAAGCUGCCAUCUCGUGGAGAUGAGUUCUUCAGCUUGCGAUUGUUGAUGCUUCAACUCUUCUCCGAGGCCUAUGACUUGGUCUUGAAGACCCCUGAGUCUGCCCGAUGCUUACUCAUGACCACGGACCCAGCCCAGCCUUGGAGUCACACCCCCAUGAAAAUCUUUCAAGAGUCUAAGACUCUGUCGGUUUAUGUGCAUGAAGCCGUUCGAGUCGUGGUUUCGCUUCUUCGCACCCGCGAUAACAACCGCCUUGAGCCUAGUCAAGUGAAUCGGACAAAAUGGGAUGGGAUCCGGUUUGAACUACCGCCCGAUAUUCUUGAUUUAGUCGAUGAGCUAUAUGAGCUUCUCACUGGGUAUUCGUCAAGCCCUGCCUUGGAUCAGGAGAGUGUGCAAAGGAGCACAGAUGAGGAAGAUGAGGUCCAGGACUCUGGUGAUGAUGAAGAUGGCGGGAGCGAUUAUGGCUACUACCACAGUGACCGAGAGAGCGAGAUCGGGGAGGAUGAGGAGACCGGUGAUGAUUGGGGCAGUGACGAGGAAGACGAUGCAGGCGCCGAUGAAGAGGAUGUCGACAGUGAUUCGGAAGAUGAUGAAACCCCUGAGGAGGAAGACCUAGCAAAUGCAACCUCCAAUCUCGAUAGAGAGAAGGGUGUCCAACUUUGCUAUAAGAUACUGAAGGCAUUAUGGACGCGCCGUUGGUCGAUUUCAAGGACAAACUCCCACCCUGACCCGACAGAAAUGGUGGCAAUACUCCACUCGAUCGACGAGAAAACGGGCAUCUUCGGUGAAGCUCGUAGGUCGACUGGGACCUUCACUCACAUUGUCACCCUUAUGCGGCUCCUGUUCAUCUACGAGGCUCAUAAACUAGCGAAAAGGGAUGAACAACUGGCGCAAGGCGAACCUCGCUUCGAAUUCGGGCAGCGCGUAUUUCAUCACAUCCAGCAGAGGAGGCCCUGGUUCACCGAAACAGUUGAAAGCACUCCGUUUCGCACUGUGCGUCGGCUAGUGCACAUAUCCAGUGGCAUUGCACUGCGCUCGCUGCCUAUUCCUCGCAUCACUUGGGUGAAGGAGGGCCAGUGCAUGCUUUACAAGAACACACGCAUCAAGUUCGACGAUGUAAGGCUCAUGUUGCACAGGAGCCAGGAAGUUCAAGCUGGUCUUCUAAAGGGUCAGCUUCUUUUCGGCAUGGCGCCGCCUCCUUCGGGCAAGCUCACCGAUGAUGUGAAUCAUCAUGACCUCGGCUAUAACUUCGCACGCCCGAGGCUCAAUCACCCUGAGCCUCCGCACAUAUUGGGAGGAGAUAACGAGAACGAGUUCUCCGCUCUCUACGAUCCAGAUAGCCUCAUUCUGAUGCAAGAUGGCAUGUUCGAGGCCGGCGCAUUCGAGGAGUUUUUCGGGGUCGAUGCUGAUGGUGUCCCAAGGCUGAAACGGGAGAAGGCUGGCCAGUUCCUUAUGGCUUAUAAACAGCUGCAGAUGGAAGUCAUGGGGACUGUCCAGAUCACUACUUGCGGGCCGGCAAGGGGCACGGAACUCACUGCGAUGCAGACGAUCGACACUGUCACAGCACCGCGAAGUGUAUAUGUGCAGGGCGAGUACAUGUAUCUACUUCGCAGAUACAGCAAGAUGUCGCACCUCCUCGGCGAUAGCAACCUGACGCAAGCAGUCGAUGAGUGGACAAAACAGUAUUUCCUACUGGAUUUCCGCUUCAUACGGCCUUUAGCUAAGCACCUUGCACGGCUGCUAUAUGCUGAUGACCCACGACGAGAUGAGAUCGUGUAUCUUUAUGACACACAUCUAUUCGUCAACAUCGAUCGCAAGUUCAAGACCAAUGACCUCACUCUUGCGCUCAACCUUAUGUCGAGCCGUGUUCUUGGCCCUUUACACAAGCUUGGAACCAAUGACACACGCCAUUGCAUGGCUGCUUGGAUGCGCUGGCGAAAUCCGGGUUUGAUGGCCAUGAUUGGCAGAGGAAACGAUGCUGCUCUGGCACUGCCGUCCAUUGUGUUGGAAGAUGCAAAAAGGAUGGGACAUGAAGAGAAGAUACAUAGGCAGUAUGGCCCAUCAACUAACGGCAUGAAUGGUGGGAUUGGUGAAGAUGCGACCGUUAUACACCGUUGGAGGGAGAUACAAUGGCAUGGGGAUUUGCAUGUUGUUCCUGGCAACCAAGGUCCAGAGACGACUCUGGGGAUGGCAUUUUAUACGCAGUUCAAGCCAGGUGCCAUAAGUUCCGAGCCAUUGCCUAUGGAACCGUUCGGUUCUCAUUUCACGACUCUCAAUGGACGUGCUAGCAACUUCGGAGAUGCUCUUCAGGAGGCUCUUGGUGUGGCUUUGGAGACCACGAUCGAGCGCACCAUGGAUGCCACUACUCGCCAUAUCGCGGACAACAUUCUCGACCGGAGCAUCGCUCAUCACGUUCAGUCUGUUGCAGAGGAAGCCAGGGAAUCCGCUGUCAGUGAGACUAUGGAACGUGUUGUUGAAACGUCGGAACAGACGAUCGAGCGGAUCAUGUGUACAAUGGUCGAGAGCAAGUUGACUCCCGCAUUGGAGAUCGCCGCUGAGCAGGUCUUUACCCGAAAGGUCCAGCCUUUACUUAAGUCCAUAGCGGACCUCGAUGCGAAGAUGGACCGGAUCCUUGCCUGUCUUGGUGCCAAUGAGGUACCGCCGCCACCGCCGCCGCCACCCUUGCCCGCUCACCCACGCGAGAAUGAGCCCCCUCAGCCUCUACCAUAUACUCGAUCGAAUACAAGUCAGAGUACAAGUUCCAAGCCCUCUGGUAUUGAGCCUCAUGUAGGGAUCUUGAAGCAGACUAUUUCACCUUCGCCAUAUGGUUCGCCUCCAAAGUUGCAGACAGGGCAGCUCCCUCCCAUUCCACCGACCCCUCCAUCAGCACCGGCAUCGGGUCGGUUGCUUUACGCGCCAUCUUCUUACUCUCCUUCUCUGGCCCCACAGACUCUAGCUGCAUUAACACACACCAACGCAGCCAAAUCGACGUUCCUUCCAUCUUUACCACCAACCGCGAUCGCGGACACAUCGCCAGCUUUUGCACCUACCCUCCCCUCGACUUUCACCCUCGCCGUCCAACCUCCUCCCCCAACACCAUCUCUUAUCCGGGCACCGCUACCUAUGCAAGUGACUGGGGACGAACAAAGAACUACAUCUCCCCCUAUACCCAGGAAGCGGCCGGGUAUGAUCGAAGAAGCCCCGACUUCUGCGAAGCGUCCCCGCAACGUCGAAAGUAGAACCGGCGCUACGAACUUCUCCGCAUCACCCCCUGCUACACUCCCUUCUGCUCAACUCCCUACCAUAUCUCUACCCCGUCCACAGUCUACAACUUCGCCAUCACAGUCAUCGUCACAGCAGCGUCAACCUCCCUGA